UGCGCCGGAGGUGCGGAGCGCGGCGGAGCGGGACGGAGCGAAGUGAAACAAAACAAGCGGGGCUUUGUAGCGCCUUAAAGGCGCCGCGCCCGCGCCCGCGGAGAGAGAGAGAGAGAGAGCGAGAGCAGAGGAGGAAGGAGAGAAAACAAAGCGGCCCCGCGGUGGUGGAGACAGGGAGGGCGAGAAGGAGCCGGAUUUGCUUACUGAGCACUUUUUAAAUUUUUACUUUUUUUUUUCUUUCUUUCUUUUAGUUUUUAUUUUUAUUUUUUAUUAUUUUUUUUUAAAGUCUCUUCCGCGGGCGCGGAGCCAUGCGGGCGCGGCGCCGGCGGUGAUGGCUGUGAGCGGGCGGCGCGGAGCGGUCUAUGAGGCGGCGGGUCGGAGCCCCUGCGCACCUGCUUAACGCGCCGCCGCGGGCGCGGAGAGCCGCGCAGCGCCAUGUCGCGGGUCGUCCAGAAGAAGAACCACUGGGCCAGCCGGGUGCGGCAGUGCGCGCUGAGCCGCGGGCCCGGCGGGCAGCUGGGCUUCGUCCUGCUGGGCGGCGCGGAGCACGGCGAGUUCCCCUACGCGGGCGCGGUGGCGGCGGGAGGCGGCGAGCAGGCGCUGAGCGAGGGGGAGCUGCUGCUGGAGGUGCAGGGGGUGCGCGUGUCCGGGCUGCCGCGCUACGACGUGCUGGAGGUGAUCCGGAGCUGCAAGGAACCCAUCGUGGUGAAAGCCGUCAAACAAGGAAGCAGACUGAACAAGGACCUGAGACAUUAUCUCAACCAGAGGUUUCAGAAAGGAUCACCGGAUCACGAUCUACAACAGACUAUUAGAGAUAACCUUUAUCGCCAUGCUGUGCCUUGCACAACCCGCCCUCCAAGAGAAGGAGAAGUGCCUGGUGUGGACUAUAACUUUCUGACUGUGGAGGAGUUUCUGGAGUUGGAGCGAAGUGGGACCCUUCUGGAAGUAGGAACCUAUGAAGGUAACUAUUAUGGAACGCCCAAGCCUCCCAGCCAGCCCCUCAGUGGGAAAGUGACUUCCACCGAUGCUCUGCAAAACCUGCAGUCUGGCUCCAAGCAGUCAACUCCAAAGCGAACCAAGUCUUACAAUGAUAUGCAAAAUGCUGGCAUAGUGCACACAGAGAAUGAGGAAGAGGAUGAUGCACCUGAAAUGAGCAGUAGCUUCACAGCAGAGUCUGGUGACCAAGACGAGCAUCACACGCAUAUCGUCAGAGAGACAGCCCCACCGUCUGCGAUUGAUAGCCACACCAAUCUUCCCACCACGGAACCAUCUCAGAGCCUCCCUCAAUACCUACCUCCUUCUGCCGAGGAUAACCUAGGUCCUCUGCCAGAAAACUGGGAGAUGGCCUACACCGAGAACGGAGAAGUCUAUUUUAUAGACCAUAAUACAAAAACAACAUCUUGGCUAGAUCCACGGUGCCUGAGCAAACAGCAGAAGCCUCUAGAAGAAUGUGAAGAUGAUGAAGGGGUACACACGGAGGAACUGGACAGUGAACUAGAGUUGCCUGCUGGUUGGGAGAAAAUUGAGGAUCCCGUAUAUGGUGUCUACUAUGUAGACCACAUCAACCGGAAGACACAAUAUGAGAACCCGGUUCUUGAAGCAAAGAGGAAGAAGCAGCUUGAACAACAGCAGCAGCAGCCACCAGAAGGGAAACCUUUUUUUACAAGAAACCCUUCUGAGUUGAAAGGGAAGUUCAUCCACACCAAGCUAAGGAAAAGCAGCAGGGGGUUUGGCUUCACCGUCGUCGGAGGAGAUGAGCCAGAUGAAUUUCUGCAGAUCAAAAGUUUGGUGCUUGACGGCCCUGCGGCGCUGGAUGGCAAAAUGGAGACAGGGGACGUCAUAGUCAGCGUGAACGACACCUGUGUACUGGGGCACACUCACGCCCAAGUUGUGAAAAUCUUCCAGUCCAUCCCCAUUGGUGCCAGCGUGGACCUCGAACUGUGCCGAGGCUACCCCCUGCCCUUCGACCCCGACGACCCCAACACGAGCCUGGUGACUUCCGUGGCAAUUUUGGACAAAGAGCCAAUCAUUGUGAACGGGCAAGAAAAUUACGACUCCCCAGCCAGCCACAGUAGUAAAACAGGGAAAGUCAAUGGCACAAAGGAAGCGAGACCCAGCAGCCCAGCUGAGGUCUCCUCCAACGGACCCCAUGGGUAUCCCAAUGACACAGUCUCUUUGGCAUCUUCAAUAGCAACACAACCUGAACUGAUAACCGUGCAUAUAGUGAAAGGGCCCAUGGGCUUUGGCUUUACUAUAGCAGACAGUCCCGGUGGGGGUGGCCAAAGGGUGAAACAAAUUGUGGACAGCCCGCGAUGCCGGGGCCUGAAGGAGGGUGACCUUAUAGUCGAAGUCAACAAGAAGAAUGUGCAGAGCCUCACUCACAACCAGGUGGUGGAUAUGCUGAUUGAAUGUCCGAAGGGAAGUGAGGUCACGUUGCUGGUGCAGCGAGGAGGACUGCCGGUCCCAAAGAAGAGCCCAAAGUCGCAACCACUUGAAAGGAAAGACAGCCAAAACAGUUCUCAGCACAGCGUCUCCAGCCACCGCAGCGGGCACACCGCGUCCCCGGCUCACAGCACACAGGUGCUGCCCGAAUACCCCGCCGCCGAGCCGCCGGCUGCCGACCAACCCGACGCUUCUGGGCAGAAAAAGCCAGAUCCGUUCAAAAUCUGGGCCCAGUCCAGGAGCAUGUAUGAAAGCCGACUUCCAGAUUACCAAGAGCAGGAUAUCUUUCUAUGGAGAAAGGAAACCGGUUUUGGAUUUAGGAUUCUGGGUGGAAAUGAGCCUGGAGAACCUAUUUACAUCGGUCACAUUGUACCGCUGGGUGCUGCUGAUGCUGACGGCCGCCUGAGGUCGGGCGAUGAGCUGAUCUGUGUGGAUGGGACACCUGUGGUUGGGAAAUCACACCAGCUUGUGGUCCAGCUUAUGCAACAGGCGGCCAAGCAAGGUCACGUCAAUCUGACCGUCAGGCGCAAAGUAGUUUACACAGUCCCCAAGGCAGAAAAUGAAGUCCCAUCCCCAGCCUCUUCCCACCACAGCAGCAACCAGCCGGCCUCACUGACGGAGGAGAAGCGAACGCCGCAGGGCAGCCAGAACUCCCUCAACACUGUCAGCUCGGGCAGCGGCAGCACCAGCGGCAUCGGCAGCGGCGGCGGAGGCGGCAGCGGCGUGGUCAGCGCCGUGGUCCAGCCCUACGAUGUGGAAAUCCGCCGUGGUGAGAACGAGGGCUUCGGUUUCGUCAUCGUCUCGUCGGUGAGCAGACCGGAGGCGGGGACGACGUUCGCGGGAAAUGCAUGUGUGGCCAUGCCUCACAAAAUAGGUCGGAUAAUUGAAGGGAGUCCCGCAGACCGCUGUGGCAAGCUGAAAGUAGGCGAUCGCAUCUUGGCCGUCAAUGGGUGCUCCAUCACCAACAAGUCGCAUUCAGACAUCGUCAACCUCAUUAAGGAAGCGGGAAACACCGUUACUCUGCGCAUCAUUCCAGGAGAUGAAUCCUCCAAUGCUACUUUAUUGACCAAUGCAGAAAAAAUUGCUACAAUUACAACCACACAUACUCCUCAGCAAAUACCACAGGAGACCAGCAGGAACAACACAAAACCAAAGCAGGAAUCCCAGUUUGAUUUCAAACCACCCCAAGCAGCACAGCAGGACCAAGAUUUUUACACUGUUGAGCUGGAAAGAGGAGCCAAAGGGUUUGGCUUCAGCCUGCGAGGCGGCCGGGAGUAUAAUAUGGAUCUGUACGUGCUGCGGCUAGCUGAGGAUGGGCCAGCUGAGAGAUGUGGGAAGAUGAGGAUUGGUGAUGAAAUUCUAGAGAUCAACGGGGAAACUACUAAGAACAUGAAGCAUGCUCGGGCCAUCGAACUGAUUAAAAAUGGUGGCCGCAGGGUCCGCCUGUUUCUGAAACGUGGAGAUGGCUCUGUCCCAGAAUAUGCGAUGAUACCUCCUAAUAUCGCUGCAUGUAUGAGAAAUGACAAGCUCGGGGAGUCUUGCUUCUACCUUAUGGGCCAUAAUCAAACUACGGUUUGUAGCUAAAAUCAAUAUUAGGUGUUUUUGUGCUGUGGCCUAAUUCCCUCACAUUGCUUUCCGCUUCGCUAUAUUUUAUAUGUACAGCAAUUCAUUCCGAGCACCCUGCGUCCCCUGAAUUGUAAGUACACCACUGAACACCUUUAAGCCUCGCUUGUACCAUGUGUGAUAGCCAGGUUGCUGCAAGCCACGUGCUUACAGCUAUGGAAAAGAAGUAUGGUCCUGCCUGGGAAAACUAAUGAGCAAAAAUGCACACACGUGAGUCACAAUAUGGGUUUCACUUGGAAAUCACCAAAAUAAUGGUCCGUGCCCACACCGACCUCCCAGGCUAAGGAACGGAGAUAUCACCAGGUGGGAGGCACUGUGGUGGCAGGAGCAAGCAGUAUGCAUAGUGUUUGGGGAGGGAAUACUAAAGGGAGAAAAUCAGAAAAAAGAAUCUGUCCCAUACAUGUCUGUGAAGGGUUUAGUCAUUGCCAUUGGGACAGCUCACCUCAAGGUCAGCGUGGGCUGAAGGAAGUGUAGCAGCACUGGCCGAGCUGCCCCGCAGAAAUUGCUUACAAAAAAAAAAAUGCAAUAACAAAUAAAAGCAGCACCCACAUUAAGUCAGCAUGGCUACUUUAAUGAUUGCCACGUCUGUAAUGAAUCAUUCAUAAACAUGGUUCCAAAUGACGUGAGUGAUUGAGGCUAAGCUCGAGGGCAGGGCUGCGGGCUCAGUUCUGGGGUUUUAUUCAGCUUUGCAGUUUGGGUUACAGAGGUAGCUCAGCUGGAUCUUACAUGAAAAUAAUGAGCUGGAGAUUAGGUGUUAAUCAAAGCCAUUCUACAUAUUAUAAUACCUUUCCAUUGCUUUGAUACGAGAAAACCAUACCUUCUGUCAUCAUCUGUUGAAUCAUUGUGGCAAAACCAAAAUCUACCCCAGGACUUCUCAUAACAUGGCAGAAUUAAGUGAGAUUAAGUAAUGUCUUAAAAUGGAAAUUGCACGAUUACAGUCUAAUUCUCACACCUUCAAAAUGUUCUUUUGCAAGGUCAGAACAUAAUGAUCAAUUCUGUUUUCCACACUUUUUUCUGCCGCUUGAAACAAGACCUUCCACAGCAGGAAGGCAAGGCUUUCAAAAGCCAUAGAAGAAAAAAAAAUUAUGCCCUUAGGCCCCUCUUUAUUGGAAACUAUCACAAAAAAAAAUCCAACAACCCAAAGUACCUUUUUUUAUCCCCACUGGAGAGAAAGUAGCAUAAGUGGAUGGGGGAAAUGUAAAAUGCCCCAUGACAAGAAGAGCAUAACGAUGCUAUCGGCCUGGACCAAAGCACGGCAGCACCAGUACUAACCUGUAACUCUCGUUGUUCGCAGUUAAAUUAACAAAAGCUUUGGUUAGCCCUCACUGACUGCUUUAACAUUUGUUUGUUUUUGUCACUAAUGAAGUCUGAAGAGUGCUAAGUGGUGUCACGGCGCUGCGGAAGGCUGUGGUACCAAACGCUUUGCUG